GUGUUGUGAAUUCGAUCGGCGCGGAUCGUUCCGUCGUGGUAUUAAGUUUUGCAGCGCGAAGUCUCUCUCGUUCGCGUAAUCUCGGCUCAGCGCGAUCUCCUGUGCCUUAGUGGUGUGCGGUUGUUGCAUUGCAUUGUUGGCAUUUCAGGUGCCAAUCCCUCGCGAAGGAAGCGACAGCAAAGGAAAAAAAAUAAGUGGUGCAAUACUUUUACUUUCAGUUGUUCAUUGAUCGAAAGGUGAAGUGGAUUCUAUAUCGAAGAAGAAUCAUCGGUAGAUAGUGUUGUUGAAACGCGUGUUCGUGGCAUUAUCAGAGGUGUAGAUCGCCGUUCGCUAUCAGCUGCAACAACGAGGUCUCCUGAAGAGUGAUUGGAUUUUCGGAUAUUGGUGUUCGAUAGGAGCUUUCGGCAAUGGACCGAAAAAGUUGUUUUAUUCUGGUCGCUUUGGUGGUGCUCUGUAUCAACUACAAUGGGCAAACCGAUGCAAGCAUAGUGACCGACCAUGAUCGCGUUGUGGUAUGCUACAUUUCGACGUGGGCCGUCUACCGGAAAGGCUUGGCGUCCUACAGUUUGGACCACUUCGACCCGAAGCUCUGCACCCAUGCGAUCUACGCGUUCGCCGGCCUGGACGUGGAGCAAAAUGCCAUGAAAUCGCUCGAUCCCUGGCAAGACUUGAAAGAUAACUACGGCAAGGGCGGCUACGAAAAGCUGGUCGGCAUGCGCAGCGCCAACCCGCACCUCAAGGUGUUGAUUGCUAUUGGCGGGUGGAACGAGGGCUCCGAGAGGUACUCCAAUAUGGCGGCCAAUCCAGAACGACGCCAGACCUUCGUCAAGAACGCACUCGAAUUCGUCAAACGCUACGGAUUCGACGGACUCGACUUGGAUUGGGAAUACCCGACGCAGCGGGGUGGCAAACCUUUCGAUCGGGAGAAUUUCGUAUCGCUGGUCAAAGAGCUCAGCCAGCUGUUCAAGAGGAACAACCUUCUACUCACGUCAGCUAUCGGCGCCGGAAAGGAUACGAUCGAUGCGGCUUACGACAUCAAGAAUCUAUCGAAGUACUUGGACUUCCUGCACAUCAUGUGCUACGAUUACAACGGAAGCUGGAACAAAAAGAUCGGACCCAACGCACCUCUGCAGAGCCGUGACGUACUGAACGUCGAGUUCACGAUCGAGCAUUUGUUGUCCCUGGGAGCUCCAUCCAGCAAGAUCGUCAUGGGACUGCCAUUCUAUGGGCGAACCUUCGUAACCGAAUCGAAACGCGCCAGAAUCGGUGAUGAUUCGGAUGAUAAGGGUUUCGCCGGUCCGUCCACCAAUGAGAACGGUUUCAUGGGAUACAACGAAAUCUGUGAAGCUCUGAAGGCCAGCCCCGAUGGGUGGACUGUGUCUUGGGAUUCGGAAGCUUCGGAGGCCAUCGCUACCAUGCCCGAAGGAGACAAGACCAAGGUGGUGAUCUACGAUAAUACUCGGUCCAUGGCCAACAAAGUCCGCUACGCCAUCCGGCAAAAUCUGGGCGGGUUGAUGAUCUGGUCUGUCGAUACGGACGACUUCAACGGUGUGUGCGAUCCGGAGAAGGGAACUUUCACCGACUUUGGAGACCGAGACAAGAUCAAGCUGAACAUUCCGCCUCCGGUGCAGGAGAAGUACAAGCUGCUCAGAACGGUCAACGACGCCAUUGUGGUGGCCAUCGAUGAGCUGAACCAGGAGAACGAGAUCUCCGAUUUGCCGGACGAUGUGGACGAGGCGAAUCACAGCGGACCGCAAACCGGGGGAAGCAGAGCGGAAGAGUUCAGCUUCGGAGUGAGUGUGUUCAGUGUGGCGGUGGCCUUAGUUUUGAGAAGGCUUUUCUAGUAAGGAGGAUGUGUGCUGCCGAGGCCGAUAGCUGUUGUAAAUUUGUGUAUUAUUUAAGUUGAAAAACUGUAAAUAAAGUCGAUUGAAUGCGAUGGGGAA